UUUUCCACUUUAACAAUAACCAUCAUUCGAAAUUCUUCAAAGUAGGGUGUCUGGUCGUUACCUUAUCAGUUGUGUUUUCAUCCUAUUCAAAAUUGACAAGCCUGUAUUUAACUAUUCAUUUGUAGUUGAAGCAGUUUUAUUAUGAUUUAUUUUUACUAUCACACCAGUUAUUCUCAUGGUUCAACAUCUGUUUGCUAUUGAACACGAACAUGCAUUGUUCAAAUCACUACAGCACUCGUCAAGAAUAAGAGAUCUUACCAUUCACUAUACUCAUUAUUUCUACUCCUACUUGACCACCCACCUUUAGCUGACCAUCUUAUCAGCUGUUAUUCAGACUGGUGCAGUUAACGGUACCACAGGUUCAAACAAUUGUCCGAAACAAAGUUAUAGUAGAUGUGUAGUGAAGUUGAUAAACUGGGUAUUCCACAGAGAAGAAAUAUUCAAACUGCUAAAUUGCGUUGUGGAAUUUGAAAGUUUGCUAUAAAAAGACUUGUGAAACAUAAGAUUUUUCUUUCUUAAAGCUAUGGCCGCACAGAAUAUGGCACCAUUACAGAAAAAAGAAGCUGAAUAUACAUUCAUUGGUUCAAUGGAUGCUCUCCCAUUGGGAAAUACUAAAUCAAAGCAUGUUAAAAGUGAAGAGGACGAGAAACAUACAGAAGAAAUGAUCAAGCUAGAAGAAGAGCUGGCGUUUUAUGAGGAGAGGAAUCUAAUUCAUCAUCAGGGCAUGAGAACAAUUACACAGAAAUUAUUUCAGGAUAUUUCAAGAAGAUGUAAUUUCAGAAAGAUGUUUGAUGUGUGCUUGGAAGUUUUGAGCAAAAUAAAUUCAAAGGAGAGCAUCACCUGUUCUCUUAAGCCUUUGCAUGAAAUCUGUCCAUCAAUCGACGAGAAGCCCACCGACAAGAUCACCGGGGUUGAUCUGAGGGCAAUGCUGCUUGCUGAGAAUAUUCAGGAAGGAAUUUUCAGGUUGUUUUCCAAUCUUCAAAGAUUGAAGCAGUUCCGCGUUGAGCAAGAGCAAAAGAUAGCCACAGUCACCUCUGAAAGAGAUUCUGCAAUUGAAAAAAACAUGUCCUUGCAGGAAGAGCUAUACAAUUUGAGUACAAGCCAUGCAGCUAUGGAUCAGGCUUUGAAAGCAUCAAUGGUAGAUAAGUUGCAACAUUUGAAGAUAGAGGGUUUGCAGGAAUCAUUGUUUGAAAGCUCUAUACAGAAUGGUGUUCUGAAGCUGUGCGAUCAGCUCAUACGUUUAUCUCAAAAAUGUGAUCUGCAAGAGAAGAAGAUUGCAGCAAUUUCUGAAGAGAGAGACAUUAUCGGACAAUCGCGUGAUUCUAUGGUGAUUGAAACGGGUAAUUUGAGCAAAACCUAUGAAUCUGAAAAGCAGUUCUCCGAUUAUUCAAAGAUUGAUAUUAUGUCUGAAGAAAUAAAAAAUCUACAUCUUGAACUGGAAAAAGAGCGUUCACGUGAGUGUCAUAAUUAUUGCAUUAACCAUUGUUUACGAGAGGAAAACGGAGCUAAUGAAAUCGAAAUCAAUUCGUUGGAGGAUGAAUUAUUCACAGAGAGGUUUCUGAACAAAGAAGAAACUAGUCGAAUGGAAAUAUUACAUCUGGAAAAAUCAAAUUCCGAAAAUUUAUCUGCAACGCGAUUGUGUUGUUUGGAUAAGAAGACUCAAAUUCUUUUAGAAAAGUCGCAUUCUUUCCAAGAACAUUUGGAAAAAAGAGCUGAUGAUCUGCUGAUGAUUGUGGACAAUUUUUUAGACAAGUUUAACGCACCUUCUUUUGAACAUACAGAUCUCGAAGAAAACACUGUGGUUGAGGAGAACUCUACGCUAGUAAAUAACGGUAGUUCAGAGGAUUUGAACAACAAUGAAAUCCUCACUUCUGAUUUGUUUCUAGAUAAAACGUCCCCUGAAGAAGUUCAUCUUGAAACUCCUCCUGGCUCUUUCCCCGAAAAUGCAGAAUCUUCUCCCGGAUUUAAAGAAACGGGAGAAGUUACAGAGAAUUUCAGGGAGGAAGAGUUAGUCAUGCUAAUCAAGCGUUUGCGUUUAUGUUAAUCAAGGUUGUCACUGAAAUGUAGGGAGACAAUGAAAUCUUAAGAAGAUUAAUGGUUAAUUUGGGAAGUUCUUAAAACAUUCAGAAUGGGCUGUAUUGUACAAGUGAUCACACUAAAAUCUAUCUCAAAUGUGUUCAAUCUAGCAAUGGAACUAUUAAUUAAAAUAUUUUGAAUUUA